UUGUGCGCCGCGGCAGAAUGGACCUGGAGCAGGUGAGGAAGAUGGAUGGACGGAUGGAUGAAUGGGUGGGUGGGCGGCAGAGGGCAAGGAGGGAUAGAUCAUGGGCACAGAUACCACGGACGUCAUCCAUGGCAGCCGGCAGACAGACUCCCACCGUAGAUCACCUCUCUUUCUCUUCCUGUGUGUGUGCAGGCGCGGAGAGACCUCUGGGCAAACAAGACAUGAAUCUCGUGAGGGCUCUGCAGUGCCUUUUCUCAUGGGCGUGUCUGGGAGCAUUCAUUCCGCAUCUGCAAAACCACAUUCGCCGGUCCCCGGCCGGCCAGCUGCUGUCCUUCAUCGACAAGACCUUCCGCAGCAUCCACAAGGGCACGCGAACAGCCGUUGAGCACCGCCGCCGUGGCAGCAGCGCGCUGCCGCGCCGCUGGAACGAGAAGCGCCGGGCUCCCGUGACCGAUGUGUUGCCGCAAUGCAUUUGGCCCGCCUACAACAGAACGGUAGCUCGUGCCGCCCUCAAUGCAGGAAAUACACAGACGGUAGGUAAUCCGAUCCACUAAUGGACGCAGAAUUGUCAUGGAUUGGAUUGGAUGGUGGAAGACAGCAUCUUCAUGGAUUGCUUUGAUGGUUAAUGGUUGUUGGUUUGGUCUUUGUGUCUUGUCCAGGUGCACGAUGAAGAUGUCUGCCCGCGCCGUGCCAUGACCUAUUUGUUCUUCUCGGACCGCCCCAUCGCCAGUCCCGCCAAAUCCCCGAUCACCCAGGACGCACCAUGCGACCAUCACAGCGACCCCGAAGAGCCAAUCCCAGCCAUGAGACCUCGUCCGUUGCAGCGCCGUAGACACCCCCAUGCCGUUCGCCGCCAAACUGACCCUCUGCAGCUGCGCAUCGGGAGGGUCGUGUUUGAGCAGAUAGGGGGCUUCGUCAAGAGGAGCAACACCGCAGCCAGUGGGCAGCAGCAGCAUGACGAGCAUGACCUUCUCAUGGAGGAGGGAGGGGGGCUCAACAAGACAUUGCCCAAUGACACAUCGGUGGAGAGCGUCAUUGGCGGCCUGGCCACACUGCUGCGCAAGCAUCAGGGGGAGGAGAGCCCACACCACGAUCACCUGGACGAAGAGAUCCCGACUGCCAAGGGAUGGGUCUCUGUGCCGAUGUGCAGUACGGCUCUCCACCUCUCACGGGAGCUGAUCUUCUACAUUUUGUCGGUGGUGGUGGUCGCUGGGGUCAUUACCGCGGGCAUCUUCUACGCCGUUGGCCGGCAGCAGAGAGGGUGGGAUAGAGGGGGAGGCAGAGUCACCAGGCCGCCAGAGGCUGCUGCUGCUGCCAUUGCAACUCGGCAGCGAAGGGGCCAGCCCGACGUGCCGUUCGGCCACCUGGCGCGGCACAUCGUCAAGUUAGAGACACAACUGUAAGACGGAAAGGGCACCAAGCCGUCUACGCACGAGUGCGGGUCUGUUGUUGUGUCAGUAAGGAGCAGGAGAAACAGGCGGAGGAGAUGCAUCGGCGGAGCCUAGAGCCAUAUCGCAAGACGCUGUCUGUCCGAGAGCAGCAGAUCCGGGAGCUGACGGAGCUGUGCUUCAAGCAGACAGAGGAGAUCCAUAGCGAGAAGGCCAAGUACGAGACGCAGAUCGACCGACUACACGCCGAGCUGGUCAGGGGUGACACACACACAGUUACAGCUGCAUGCAUGUCGCCUCUUAUGCUCCUCAAUUCCCACAUGUGUCUGUCAGGAGCAGCAGAAGAAGAACUACGACUCCAUCCUAGAGGUGAGCAGCACAGCCAGACCCGCACCCCUACUGCACAAAGCAUCCUCAUUUUCCCUGCCUCUUCACUUGUCUCAGUUUGCUGUCCAUUCACUUCGUGUUGGAUCUGAGGCGUCUGACCGCGCGGCGGCUGCUCUCGCCACCAGCGCGCCAUCAGCAGCAUAUGGCACAUACCACUACCACCAGCAUCAGCACGGCAGCGGCGUGUUUCCCGCCCCAGCAUACACACAGGUGGGUCGGUGGGAUGGCACACGUGCAGACAGGCAAGGCGACCCAAUACAAAGGCCUCUCUGUUCGCAGACGGCGGCUUGUGUUCGGCCGUAUCGUAUCGUAUACAGAAGCGGCAACCCCGAGCCAAACGAUGGACCGGUGCGCAAUCAGUGCACAAUGCAGAGAGGAAUGGGAAGGUCGCCCAGCUCUGUCCCUCUGUGUGUCCUUUUUGCUCAUUUAGGCUGUGCACCGUCUGUCGCGCGACAACCACGUGUGCAUCUUCAGCCACUUCCACCCCUGGGAGUUCUCGCGCAUGCGGUCGGCCAUCGGCCCCGCCUUUGAGAUCGAUGCCGCCCAGCCGUACACCCAGCUGACCCUCGACUGCACCGACCAAUCGGCCAGGCGGAUGUGGGAGAACCUGUCGUGCGACGCGGCGUAUCAGUGGGGCCACAGGGCCCGCAACAUCAAAGAGCUGACGGUGCGGCAUCCACAUGACGAUCUCCAGUGGUGUGUCCCGGCGUGGGUAUCUUUAGUCGAGGGCCAUGCACACGGCCACUUGAGCGACCAACAGCACCAGGCCAGCGAUGAGGCGUCAUCUACAGUCGCUCCCCCGCCCCUCUCCCAGCCCCCCUCUCACGCCACCCUGCAAACCAUCCGAUUCGAGGGGGUCAAGUGUGGUCGGUCACGAGGCCGGAACGAUUGGUACGAGCGCCGGCCCCCUCCCCCCUCCUCCCCCGUCCAUCUGCCGGCCCUCACCACCGUCACCAACAUCCCGGCCCGCAGCGCGUGGGCGCGUGCCGGUCGGGGGUGGGUGACACCCAAUGUCACCACACUCACGUUCGAGGGCCGCUUCGUCGGCGAGGUCGAGUACGAUGGGGCGCGCGAGUGGAUCGGUGGCUGCGAUCGGCUCGAGAAGCUCGAGUAUGACACGGAGGGGUAUAACGUCCAGGAAGGCAACGAGCGGCUGCUGACGGCCAUGCCGGAGGGGCAGGGCCUGGCGAGCCUGCGGUCCCUCGGCCGUGUGCGAAUGGCCGAUGACAUCGGUUUCUAUUCGAGGUGGGAUGUGGCAGAAGUGGACGAGUUUCGCCAGCUGUUGGUGCGGCGCGGGUGUGUGAGAAGCCUUCAGGAGAUGGAGCUUGACGUAGGGGAGUAUUUGGAGGACACCGCCGAAAUGCGGCAGCUGAUCGAAAACGCAGCAAAGCUCACGUAAGGAUACAAGAAGAGACGAACCGGGCCAACAAUACACAUCGCCUCUUAUGGUUUUUUUCUUUCCUGCCCGCUCUUUUCCAGUGACGCCGUGAUGCAUCCUGAUGCCCGCCGCCAGCCGAUCAUGCCGUGCACUCGCGAGGACGGGCAGAUCGACCUGCAGCUGGUCGCAUGGAGCCGCCAGCACCCCUCCCCAACGCUGCAGAAGCUCGUGAACGACUUCGCCGAUGGUGCCGAUGCAGUGGUAUUCGACGAGCGGCCACGCGCGUCUUCUGCCCAUCCCAUGAUCCCCCCGACCUUCCCCCAUUCGACCACGCUCAUUCUCCCCGAGAGCUUCCUCGCACACGAGCAGGUCGGGCGUGCUGUGGAGGUGGCCAUGAGAAUGCCCCGGCUGAAGCGCAUCGUGUGUGACGAGCAUCGGGCGGCGAUGGCCUUCUUGAAGGCAUUGCACGCCGCGGCACCAGAGAAGAAACUGAAGUAUUUGACUCUGCGACAGGAUGUCGACAGCAUCGUCAACGCGACUUCUGCUGAAUGUGGCGAUUGGAGCAGGACGUGGAUCGAGCAUCUGAACAAGCUGCCGUCCAUCAGGAGCGCGAUGAUACUCGUUCAGGGUCAGCAGAGAGAAAAGAGAGCCGUUCACAUGUGCUGCUUUACAUCUGGUGCGUACAGGGGUUUUGCUGGACGAUUCUCGCUUCGAGUGUCUGUACAGCCGACUGACGACGCUGCUCGUCACUCUCAGCAAAGCAAAGGUUGGUUGGUCCGCGCAUCCAACCGGGAGAACAGUCGGGACGGCGGGUGUAUGUGUUCGUGUGGUUCCUCUGUGUUCUUGCAGGACACCGAGGACUCGUGUGUCGAGCUAUGCUGUGAGGAACGACUACUCGAGCCCCUCCGCGAGAGGUUCAUCGGUGCGAUGGCCCUCUUCAACCUGGCCAGCACCACGCAUCGGCUGGAUGUUUCGGAGUCGGACACCAUCACGCUGGAGAAGAUCGACUGAGUAGCUAUAGCUGCCGCUGGCAGGAUGGGGGAGAGAGGGAGAGGGAUGCUGACAGGGUUGUGCAGCUGACUGAGUGAGACUAGAGUGCUUGGAAUGCCG